UCUCCACAUCACACUACUUCUUCUCCAACUCUCCCGUUAAACAAAGCUCACGGACGGGAACCAUGGCGGUCACCUCUUUCGCCGUACUUCCUCCGUUUGGUCUCAGCUCCACAACCGAUAGAUCUUCUUCUUCUUCUUACUCAUCUUCGAAACUUCUCCGCAUAUCCCAAUACCGGUCUAAUCCUCGUUAUCCAAAUGUGCUUGUCUCGUGCUCAAUGAAUCAAUCCUCUGAUGAUGCUUCCGACGCUGCCCUUUUCCUCGAAUCCAAUUCAAUCGCUGAUUACAUGAGGUUCAAGCGCCGUCCCGACCCUGGGAAUGGCUCAAGCGAGUUACAGACUGCUAUCGUCAGUUAUAAGAAACGUUUCCCUUGGAUUCUUCUCAACCCUUUUCUUCAGGUAGAUUUGGUCUCAACGAUUCAUAUUGCAGAUAAAGAAUACUUCACAACUCUCCAAAAGGAGCUUGAACCAUAUGAUUCUAUCUUGUAUGAGAUGGUGGCUAGUAAAGAGACCUUGGAAAACAGAAGGAACCCUAUUGCAGCUAAGAGGCUCAAGAAUUCUCGGUCAAGAGGCUUCAGUAUUCUCGGGUUCAUUCAGCGGCAGAUGGCAAGAGUACUAACACUUGAUUUUCAGCUAGAUUGUCUAGAUUACGAAACUGAGAAAUGGUAUCAUGCUGACCUCGAUUUCGAGACAUUCCAGUUGCUUCAGAAAGAAAAAGGAGAAAGCUUCUUUUCAUUUGCCAGGGACAUGACUAUUAGAUCAACCAAAGCAAUGAUACAGCCAGCUCUGGAAACUGAAGGUCGUGAUACUUGGAGAUCAAAGCUUCUAUGGGUUUCGCGGGUUUUCCCUAUGCCUCUUGUGGGUCUGUUUCUAAUUGGGGCAUUUUGUGCUGACUUUGGAGAUCAGACGUCAGAGUAUCCAGAAUUGGAAGCACUUUCACGGCUUGACUUUGGAGCUGCUAUGAAGGUUUUCCUUGCUAAGAGAUUGACAUCCGAGCUAACGCAAGGGACAUCAGACAUAGAGGAGAAAUCUGUCAUAAUUGGUGAGAGAAACAGAGCAGCUACUGAAGCAUUAAGAAGAGCAAUGGAGCAAGGGCACAAAAGAAUUGCAAUUCUUUACGGCGGAGGGCACAUGCCUGACCUGGGAAGACGGCUUAGAGAAGAGUUUGAUCUUGUCCCUUCAGAGGUGAGAUGGGUAACAGCUUGGUCAAUCAGAAACCCAAUGGACGUAGAGACAACUUCUUAUCCGAUCCUCAGGAGAAUGGCAGAGGCUUUGCGUUGGCCACUGAACCGGUACCAAACCUUGGCACUGCUAAUAUUUUCAUCAGUCCUUGCAUUGGAUCUCUGCUUUUGGGAGCUCUUCUUUGGUUCAACCAUAGACUGGGCUUCCCAGAUAGGUGCAGAGUUGUACCAGCUCGUAGAUAAUACAAAAAUUGUGUGAAGCACAAGAAUCAUGUACAAACCGUGACAACAAAAAUAGCUUUUUUACAGUCACUCACCAAUAUUGUAAAGCAAACAUAGCUGUCAAAAUUUUUUUAUUGAAAAUAUUAACAUUCCCAUUGAUC